AAAAACAUUAUUUUCCGGAAGUGAUACUCUCUCUUGCAACAAGGCGACACUGACAAAUGUCCAACAGAAUAAAUAAAAAUAUGAUUCGAUAAGUAUGCCGCCGUUCUGAAUUUUUAAAUCCCAGUAAAGAAAUAUUCUAGUCUCCAGCAUUUAGUUUGAAUCGGUAAGAGGAUCAUGCUUCCACAACAUAUUCAUGACAGUGAAUAUAGACCAGGAUGGUACCUAAAAGAGAAAUUCUACGCAUGGUUAAGGUUAAUAUUUUCUGAAAAAACCUCAAGGAACAUAUUUUUGUUUCUUUUAUUAAAUCUGUCAUUUGCAUUUGUGGAAUUAAUAUAUGGCGUGUGGACGAACAGUCUUGGUCUCAUAUCAGACUCUUUUCAUAUGUUCUUUGAUUGUACGGCACUGUUAGCUGGUCUAGUUGCCUCAGUUAUUUCCAGGUGGAAAGCAACAGAGAGUUUUUCGUAUGGCUAUGUACGUGCUGAAAUAUUGGCUGGUUUUGUAAACGGUCUCUUUCUCCUAUUUAUUGCUUUCUUCAUUUUCUCUGAGGCAGUUGAGAGAGCGGUGGAGCCUCCCGAAGUGAAGCAUGAGCGGUUGUUUGUUGUAUCUGUAUUAGGAUUUCUUGUCAACUUGAUUGGAAUUUUUGCUUUCCAACAUGGCCACGCCCAUGGAGGAGACCAUGGACAUUCUCAUGGACAAUCUCAUGGACACACACAUAGUCAUGGAUUUGGUUUAGAAGUUCCCAGCCAUGAACACAAUCAUCAUCAUGAACACAAUCAUCAUCACAGCCACGACCAUGAUAAUAAGCCUUGUAAUAAUUCACCCGGAAGAUCAUCUCAGGUGUCACAGAAACAAAUUAUGCAAGGUGUGUUUUUGCAUAUACUUGCUGAUACAUUAGGAAGUGUUGGUGUUAUAAUUUCUUCUGCCCUCAUUCAUCAGUUCGGUUGGAUGAUUGCUGAUCCCAUAUGUUCCAUGUUUAUAGCUACUUUAAUAGGUGUCAGCGUAAUACCACUUUUGAGAGACUCUGCAGGAAUUCUGAUGCAAAAGACCCCACGACAACUAGAAUCCUCUUUACCUGGAUGCUAUCAAAGGGUUAGUCAACUUGAAGGAGUUUACAGUGUGCAGGAACCCCAUUUCUGGACUCUUUGCAGUGAAGUUUAUGUUGGUACUAUAAAAUUAGAAGUUUCUAAUGAUGCUGACUCCAAAUAUGUCCUCAGUCAAACUCAUAAUAUUUUUACACAGGCUGGUGUUCGUCAGUUGUAUGUCCAACUUGACCAUACAUCCAUGUAAUGCCAUUUCUUCCUUUUAUGAUGUUUGAAGAGAUCUGAAUGUUCCAGAACAGAGCAAUCACAAUGGAUUUAGUUGGUUAGGAUUGUCUUUAUUUUUAUGCUGUGUGAAUGAGACUGGGUCUGUGAGAAUCUAUCAAAACUUUUGCUUUGAUCUGGAAUUUACCGUCUUUGUUCCUGACUUUAAAGGUUCUUUUUACGAAGGAAUUAAAUGCAUGUUUCUCAAUCAGGAACUGUACUUUUGUACAGAUUUAUUUCAAAAUCUUGAGAAAAAGUCUACAUAUAAAAGAACUCUAGCAGAGAAAUAAUAAUAAUAAUAAUAAUAAUAAAAAAACACAAAAAAUAUCUUUCUUGAUCUCUAUUUUUUAAUUAUGUAUAUUUUUUUAUUAUAAGAUAUUUAGUCUGGAAUCAUUUGACCAACAGAAUAGGUUUUGUUGGACUAACGAUAAUAGAUUAGAUAUUUUAUUCACUCUCAGACUUUUCUUUGAGUUCUUUAUUCUAAGUGGUCCAACCAGACUUCUUUUGAACUUGUCACCCUUGGAAUAUUUUUUGUUAUACAUAUAUAUACUUUAAAUUUACUGGGAUUAUCUCUAUCUUAUUUAGCAGGAUUAAAGCACUAAUUUGCUUUUACAUAAAAGGACAUGAUAUAUAUAUGUAUAUAUCUUCAAUAAAAACGGUGUUUCUAAACUAAAUUUUCAUUACAUUUAGCGAAUAUAUUUUUGUUUACUGCUGCUUGUAUUAACUUUCCAAUGUUAAUAUAAAGGAAUUAAUUAGGGUAGACAUUACAACUUUUGGGCAUUCGUAUUUUGUUCAAGUUCUUCCUAGCACUAAUCAGACAUUAGUGAAAUGGUUCUGAAUACAACACAGGCUCUCCUAGGGAUAAUAGUGAAAUAAGGAUGAAUAUAGGUGGAGUUACCAGUUGGUAUCAUAUUGUUGUUGGCCUUGUCUUGUUCUCUGUUGCUGGGAUACUUAAUGAAUGGCCAAAUCCAUCUAGUUCUCAGAAUGUAUGGUCAGUAAUAAUUCAUUGCUGUGGGAGCACUUUGCGAUUAGUGAGUAGCUUGUUGUUGGAAGUGCUGAGUUCAGAGUUCAACUUCUUUUAAAGGAAAUCUGUUUGUGAUGGUUCAGCAAUCUAUCCAAGGGAAUAUUUAUCUCACUUCUCAAUAUUUUGGAAACCAGGGAUAAACAUCAAUCCUAAGGAUUUUUACAAUCUAGGGAAAAUAUUAGCUGAGCAACAAGUUAACCCUUUUUAGUUCUUUAAAAAGAAUUAUUUAGUUGCAGAUAUUUAUGUUUGUUCUAAAUUGCCAUAUUUUAUUUGCUUUGAACAAAUUUUAAGUAAAAAUUCAGUUUGCAGCAUUUUUGGAAAAAUCAGUAAAGAUAUUGCUACCAGUUUCAAAACAAGAACCAUUUUAAAAUUUAUAAUAAUAAUAAUAAUGUUGCUGGAGCGUCAUAGCUUUAUCAAACAUACAUUCAUGCAUCAUUGUAUUCAUUCCUGUUUUAUUUUAUAAAUAGUAUUCUAUGCUAAAGAGUGUGUCAAAAUAUUUCAUAAUACAUCUUUAUCACUUAUUUUACUGAAGAUAUACCAUUCCAAUGAUGUAUAAUUUAAAUUUUGACACAUUUUAGCAGUGAUGCACAGCUUGGUCCCCAUAGACCACCAUUUGGGAUAUUCCUCUGAGGACCCUCAAAUUUUUAAGGGCCCACAUUGAGUUUUAUGUCCAUUUGGUGGUUUGUGCAUUUUUCUUCAUGAAUCUAGUUGAGUACCUUCUGUAAAAGAUUGUGCAUUACUACAUUAUAUAUAUCAUAUAUAAUACAUAGAAUAUAUAUAUAUAUAUAUAUAUAUAAAACACUAUUGCAGAAUAAAACAGAAUUGUUUAGAACAGAACACAAGAACAAUCUCAGACCAAGCCAAUUGCCAAAUAAGAACAACUCUUAACAUAUUUAUAAACACACAGAAACUGUCCAGAAUAAUCAAAUGAUAGACUUCUCGUGAAUUUUAUUUUUUAAUAAACUAAAUCCAUCAUAAGGGUCAGUGCCCUGUAAGUGGUUAUGGACAAUUAUAUAAUAAAACGUUUUCAAUAUAUUCAAAA